AUGGAGCGCCGUCCAUCCACCGCCAACUCCGUUGCCAGCAGCACACACCAUCAGCACAAGCGCUCGGCCUCAAGAGUUGUUGACGUCCAGGUCAAUGUGCAGACAAUCAUAUCGCUGUUUGUCCGCAACUUGCGCCUGCUGAAGUUCGAUCUCCUGCAAGACUGGCCAGCAAUCACACCCGCAAGUCUCGGCAAUCAAGAUGCGCGCACGAGGAUUCGCUGUGCGGAGUGGGCAUUGUAUCAACUAUUCCGUGUGUAUGACCCGGCAACGACAUCGGACAAGCUACAGCCCUUCUUCCCACCACUCGAGCCACUACAGAGCAUAAACCUACGAGCAGCGCUGUACAGAUGCCUGGACGGACUGAAGAAAGGCGGUGUGCUGGGAAGGGAGACAGUCUUGAGGAAGUCGAUGCUGGAUGACUGCCAAGGGGACAAGUUCUGGGAGCUAUGUCUGUCCUUCUCGACGAUUGUGCUGCGGAAGGCUGUCGUGGACAAGACGAGCAGGCACAAACAUGGCAAACCUCUCGCACAGAGGCUAGGGAUCGCACAAGGUCUGAGCCGGGGUCAGAAGGACAGCAUGCUGCCGUUGGCCAUUGCACACAAAGCGGCUCUUGCUAAGGUGCUGUCAGAGAAGGAGCGAAGGAGGCAGACCUAUGACACGCUCUUCGAUGUCUUUGUGGACAAGGAGAGUGACUUGCAUGACCGCAAAGCGGACAUACAGCACCGGAGAGUCAAACAGUCCAGAGCUGCCAUUGCUGAGGAAAUGCUGGAACAGGACUGGCUCGCAAGUGAGGAGGUCCGCUCUGCUUUGCUAAAUGGUGAUGAUGCUGCUGGUGGGGAUAGUCUCCUCACCAAGUCCUUUGCUCAAGUAUGGGCAAUGAACGAAAAGAAUCGUCUGUUUUGGAGCAGAUCUGCCGAAGUGGGAUUACUUGAGGGCCUGGAGCACCGGACUCGCCAGCAAAAGCAGCGACUGCAACGAUGGCAGAAGUUCCACGAUAAGCUGGUACAGUCUAAGCAACCUACAUCGAAAGGAGGUGCGGGUGCAGUCGCAUCAAAGUUGCGCUUCGACCAACACCGGAACAUGACCCUACGUGACAUGGCUUGCGAUCCAAAUCCUCCUUCACCGAAGCAGCAUAAGAAACACGACAGUGUAAUGAAGUAUGAUGAGAUUUUGUCCGCGAUGCGUGAGGAGCUCCGCAAGACGUCGGCAAUGGAAGUGCCACGUUCACCCAAGAAGAAGGACCCCGAAAUUACACCUCGGCCACGACAGCACUCAUACGAUGCCAGGAAGCCAAGCAUAACAUCACUUGAUGGGACCAGCGAGCAGCAUCACAGGACACAUUCUCAGACAGCUGUGCCUUUCCGACCGCAGUUUGGAAGGCGAGUGUCGUCAAGAUCUCGUUCGUAUCAACAGCCAAAGGUCAUUCGCCAGCUCGAGCCUAUACCACUGAAGUCAGAGAUCUUCUCACCGCUCAAGACGAAGGGCAUUGGCAUGUCGCCAGCUUCAGAUGGCAGGAUGUCUGUCUUUACGUCGCCUGUGGAAGAGUCGCCUGGCCAACAAAUGGGUGAUGUGGUGGGUGGCGCCGCUGCUCAACACAGCCGUCAGGAUAGUACGAGUUCGCUGGCACUUGCCAUAAGCACUUCCAGCACCCCGUCAAAGACUGGGUCUGGCACUAGCACACCGCAGUCAGCCAGGUCGAGCUACGGUAAUCAUGAUAGUGCUGUUGAGAUGCCAAUGAAGGCGUCGACACUUGGCCCUGCAGGCAGGAACCUGGAUGGCAUGGGAAGAACGGUGCGACCCUCACUGGCCGAUCGCACGCGCAUGUCGAUGGCGUUGAAGAGCACUGAGGAUAGCGGCGACGUAGAGUCGGACGCUGUUUCGGCCAGCACUGACAAAGCGGAAGUAACAGACGAGCCGGAGACAACUGCGCUUGAACGUCGAGCAACGCUUCAGGAACGAACGCGACAGUCCAUCUCCUUGGCUCCACAGCCGGUGCCCAAAGUCAACAAACGUUCCUCGCACGCACGCUCGCGUACGUCCACCUUCCCAGUCAACCAAUUCGAGACGCCGCCAAGACGCUCCACCGUCAGCAUCUCAGUACAAGAAGAAGAGCAUCUCCCUCGCCGCGACAUCACACCCCGCGACAAGCUCUUCGAGGAGGACGCCGAAUACGCCAGCAUCUUCAAGCCCAGACCGAAGAUAAAGUUGAGCCCAAUCGUCAGUCCGGACGCGGUUGGGCAUGAUCAUGAUAGUGAUGUUGAAGGAAGCCCACUGGUUGGGCGAGAGAACGAGUGA